GGGCGAUGCUUGUGAGUAGGCUGCUGAAGAACUUGUAACUAAAAACUGUGGCGAGGAUUACGCUAGUUAACGCUAGCCUGCCCACUAAACUACAUUCUUGAGAUCAUGUGAUACGUUCAUAUCACUGUUGAAUUUUAGUUAGCUACGUUGUACUGUUGGCAGUUAGUUUUCGUCAUAACGAACUAAAUUACGAUUAAAGUUGAAGUAGUGGACAAAUCAUGGCUGCGCCUUAAACUAGAAAAUUAGCCGGCGGGUUCUGUUGGAUCUUCAAGGCAAUGAUUGAUUCUGACGACUUUUUUGUGCCAGGACAAGGCUAAAUAAUGGCCUGAGGAGCAGCCAGCUGCUGCGCUCGUCCUCCGAACAUAGUGUACUGCACAGCAUUGCGUUUUUACCUGUUUUUGAAAGAGCUGCUGCCAAAAAACACGGCAAGCGAUAAAUAACCAGUAUAUGAAUUGUUCAUGCCUCCACCCCUCAGUGUGCACCCGUGAACCAAGGCACUGUGAACCAAGGGGACGCCUGACUGCUGGCAGUAACGGCAGUGUGUUGCGGGCAGGGCAGAAAUGUCAGCUGCCGUCUCCUCAUGGGUCCUGCAUUCUGCCAAGAGGAAGGCGCGCCACCUUUUCUCCCCUCGCUGCCAGCACAGACUGCUCCCCACGUGCUGUUGGAGGGUCCCUCUCUGGCCCAAGAGGGCCUGGCUCUCCGGCACCUCCGCCUGCCUCCAGGACUCGUACCGGGGCGGGGGCGUCACGCCCCAGGGCCGGCGGGUCUCGUCGGCCAGCGACGACCCGGACUUCCAGCUGACGGACGCGCAGGUCACUGCCAUCCUGAGGGCCAACGAGCAGGCGGUGCGCUUCCCCGAGGGCCCCGCGCUGGGCUUCGAGAGCAACCAGCUGGCCGCCAACGCGCCCAUGGAGGACCGGCGCAGCGCGGUCACCUGCCUGCGGACCCGCGGCGCCAUGUUCGGCGUGUUCGACGGGCACUGCGGCCACGCCUGCGCGCAGACGGUCGCCGAGCGGCUGCUGUACUACGCCGCCGUGGCCCUGAUGCCGCGGCCCGGCCUGGUGGAGCUGGAGGCGGCCAUGUCGGACCUCCGGCCCCUGUCGCCCGUCCUGCAGUGGCACAAGCACCACAACGACUACAACUACCGCCAGUCCACCUCGCUGUACCUGCGGCACCUGCGCGCGUUCUGGCGCGAGAUUCUGGCGGGCGAGGAGGCGGCGGGCGGGGAGGGGAUGAGCCCCCGCGACGCCCUGGAUCGCGCCUUCCGCAGGCUGGACUCCGACAUCUCGCUGGAGGCCCAGGUUCCGCUGCAGAGCGACCCGCUGCGGAGCUUGGCCCUGGAGGUGGCGUUUUCGGGCUCCACCGCCUGCGUGGCGCACGUGGGCGCGGACGGGGUCCACCUGGCCAAUGCCGGGGACUGCCGGGCCGUGGUGGGGGCGCAGGAGGGCCACGGCGGCUGGAGCGCCCUGCCUCUGUCCCGCGACCACAACGCCCUGAACGGGGCGGAGCUGGAGCGGCUCUGGGCCCAGCACCCCGAGGUGGAGCAGGGCACCGUGGUGGAGGACGGCCGGCUGCUGGGCACCCUCAUGCCUCUCCGUGCGUUCGGCGACGUGCGCUUCAAGUGGAGCCUGGAGCUGCAGCGGAAGGUUCUGGAGAACAGCCGUGACCUGGACUCCCUCGACAUCUACGAGUACACCCCCCCCAAUUAUCUCACGCCCCCUUACCUGGAGGCCACGCCGGAGCUGACCUAUCACAGGCUGAGGCCCGAGGACCGCUUCCUCAUCCUGGGCUCUGACGGGCUGUGGGACAUGCUGGACGAUGAGGGGGCGGUGCGGCUGGUGGCUGAGCACCUGACGGCCAUGUACCACCAAGGGGGGCCGUCGCCGCCCGCCCUGGACCCAAACGCCGCCACGCACCUCAUCCGACACGCCAUUGGGACCAACGAUUACGGCGAGAUCGACCCCGAGCGCCUGGCUACUAUGCUGUCGCUGCCGGAGGAGGUGGCCAGGAUGUACCGAGAUGACAUCACCGUCACUGUCAUCUACUUCAACCCGGUCAAACAGCCGGACGUCUAGCCCCAACCGCUGAACUGUGCUGUAGCUGUUGUACUGGGUCUGCAGCAGGUCCUUCGGGUUUUUUAAUGCGCACAAUAUGCAGUGUACUGUAAGUGGGGGGGCUGAUCAGCACACUGAAUCCAUUUUGCCUUGAACUGAAUUUUUUAAUCCCUGAUCUGAUUAUUUUUUUAAACGAAAUCUUUUUUAUAAAAUCCGAUUCAUGUGUUAGAGUAUAUUAACCUUCAUGUAAAUGUAGCUGUGGGGAUGUCCAUCAAAGAUGAGCAUGCACGCUACUCCAAAAGUUUGGUUUGAAAAAAGCAGGUAGGCUAACUAUUCCUAUUUUUAAAAAAAAAAGGAAAAUUUAACAAAGCAUUCUGCUCAGCAGAAUUUGCAUUGUGUAGCCUAAAUAGCCAAGCACCUUAGGUCCGGACUGUACAGUGGAUACAGUGCAAAAAUAUUUUCAAAAUGUACUAUGCCACCCUAAAUAAUAUUCCUGUUGCACCUGUGAGACAAGUUUAGUUCAAUUUAUUCUUAUCAGUAUUAAUGUGAAAUCUGCAGUUAAGGCUCUUAAGUCCAUCACAAUUCUGUCUUCUGAGACGGAUAAUUGGCUGUCUCAUGUAAGAUGGAAGUCCUCAGUACCAUUCCAUUGUGCCCCAUGAAUAGGAAUGCUUUUCAACUCUAUACUGUGAGAGAUUACAACCUUUGAGCAGAAGCGCAAAGUUGGUCAGCUAGAGUCGACGGAACUGAGCAUUUCCCCGUUGUCGGCUAGGUUACAGUGGAGCGAGGGCAUGAGUGUAUGGGAUGCCGGUAAUGAUGGAGUAGAGUGGACUGGAGAUAUGUUGCCUUUUUCUUUUCUUUUUUUCUCUUCAUUGAUUGUUCUCCAAGGCUUCAUGAAGUGGAAGUAAGUUUCUAAUAUUUAAGAUGUUCUUGUCAAAUCAAAGUAUUACUGCAUGUAUCUUGUUUGCACUGUGAAUUCUACUACCUAACAUGACCUGUUCAUGGUCAUGAUGUCAGUGUGGUUGAACAAAGUUAACCCUGCAACCCAACAUAUAAUCUUGGUAACUUGGUAACCAAGAUACUGCCUCAUAGCUGUCUAGCGAACAUUAGCCGGCGAUGUUGUGAUUGAUCAGUUUGAGUGAUUUUGCCCACCUGAAGGUAAUUUCCCCGCAUUGCAACUUGCUGAAGGUUAAUUCUAUCAGCAGCUAGUGUGCGCACAUUGCCACUUAAAGAGAGACAUGAGGGGUGCCGAGUUGCGUUAAAUGUUCUAAAAAGAUCUUCUUUGUUACACAAGCUUGUCAAAUGUUGAAAAUAUGCCAUCCUGUGUGCCUUAAGUUUUGUGCAAUGUUUUGUUUUCUCUGUGCUGACACGUGUUUGACCUUGCAGGCACCAGUGCUACUGCCAAAAUAGUUAAAGUACAACCCUGCCUUUGGCGUGUUCUUACCACAGUGUUUUCUUUUACAAGUUAUCCAAAGAACCAGACUUUGUUAGAUGACAUCACUCUAGUUGAAAUGUGUUUCCCUUGCUCCUUUAAGCUUUAAGCAACGCGUAAACAAGUGUUCUUUAUGUUUAUAUAGAUUUUCAUUGACUCGCAUUUUUUGUUGGUCAUUUCAAAUUAUAUUGGUCAGCGGAUGUUUGUCAUUUGUUUAUCCAUGCACCUUGUCUACUGCACCUUCAUUUCUGAGGUGGUAAUUGGUACCCCAUGAUUCAGCACUUAUUCAAAAUAAAUAAACAUAUUUUUUAAUUUAGGGGCGGCCUGUAGUGUAGUGGUUAAGGUACAUGACUGGGACCUGCAAGGUCGGUGGUUCGAUCUCCGGUGUAGCCACAAUAAGAUAUGCACAGCCGUUGGGCCCUUGAGCAAGGCCCUUAACCCUGCAUUGCAUUGACACAUUUCUUCAAAUAACUGUACGUCACUCUGGAUAAGAGCAUCUGCCAAAUGCCAUUAAUGUAAUGUAAUGUAAUUUUAAGAACAAUUACACAUUACCGUGAGAAUGUAUUUUGUAUGUGCACAUAUGCAGCUUUUGAUAAUGGGAAAGAGUGGCAAGCUGUUUGACAUUAUUUCACUCAUCAUUGCUAUUCUGUUUAGAGUAUUAUCAAUAUUGGACACUCUUUUAAAUGUACAACACACCUGACAUACACUCACUGAGCACUUUAUUACAUGGGCCCGCAAAUAUUUUAUCACCCAAAUAAUGUGGCAGCAACUAAAUGCAUAAAAGCAUGCAGACAUGGUCAAGAGGCUCAGCGGUUUUUCAGCAUAGGGAAGAAAUCUAAUCUGAGCGACUUUGAGCAUAGAAUGAUUGUUGGUGUGGAGUGGUUUGAGUAUCUCAGAAACUGAUCAUCUCCUGGGAUGUUCAUGUACAACAGAGUUUGCAGAGAAUGGAGUGAAAAACUAAAAACAUCCACCGAGCAGCAGUUCUACAGGCAAAAACAGUUUGUUAAUGAGAGCAGUCAGAGGAGAAGGGCUAGACUGCUCCAGAAGAGCAUCUCUGAAUAAACAACGUGUCAAACCACUUAAGUGGAUAGGCUAUAGCAGCAGAGGACAAAUGUGUCCAAUAAAUGCAUAAUUAAGUGCUCAUUGAGUGUAUAUUACUACCUCCUUUCACUCCAUAUAAGUUCUUUCAAUUGUUAGUUUUAAGAGCAUAGGUCAUUUACAGUUAGGUAGUGCUAGUCUUGUGGAGCAUUUCACAUCAGCCAGUGUGCAUAAGCAAUGUGAUUAUGUAACAAAACCCUAUAGACAUUCGGAGAGACUAUUGUUAUUAAAUGGUGUUACUUAGUCUUUCAAGCAAUUUGCGUCAUAACAUGUAUCACUUACUCGUACAACAUUUAUAGACUUCUUUGUUUCACUGCUGGUCAUGUAUGUAUUUAGUGCUGAAUUUUGUGUCUGGAGCCUUGAAUUUGCGAGUGAGUGGAUUCGGUGCUGAUUAUGUGAAAUGGACACUUGCUGGGUCCUCUUGUAAAAUGAAAAUGAUGACUAACUGAUUUCAUUCUCACUUCAUCCAGUCAUUAAAGAACUACAUCAAGCAAA